UCACAGCCAGUCUUAGAAGCCAAAAGGGAAAAAAAAGAGCGAGGGUCCUGCAGAAGAUUUGCAUGACACCCUCUCCCCGGACUCGGAGAGGUCCAGGUUUACACACGUCACUGGUCGAGGAUCUUUGUUUUCUCUCCACCUCUCGGUGGAGGAAUACAAGUUUAUCAUCCAGCCAGAGACGGGACGGUCUCCUCUGCCGCUCCUCUCCUCCACCCGUCGUGCUGCACCGGGCUACUUUCUCCUGUAUGGUGGAUAUCCUGCUCAACACUUCUUUCUUGGAUGAUAUGGGGGAUCAUUCAAAAAAGAAGUCGGGAAUCGCAAUGUGUGUGGGCUGUGGAAGUCAGAUACACGACCAGUACAUCCUGAGAGUCUCCCCGGACCUGGAGUGGCACGCAGCCUGCCUCAAGUGUGCAGAGUGCAGCCAGUACCUGGACGAGAGCUGCACUUGCUUCGUCCGAGACGGAAAGACUUACUGUAAGAGAGACUAUGCCAGGCUGUUUGGCAUCAAAUGUGCAAAGUGUAACAUGGGCUUCUGCAGCAGCGACCUGGUGAUGAGGGCCCGGGACAGCGUGUACCACAUGGAGUGCUUUCGGUGCUCGGUGUGCAGUCGACACCUCCUGCCGGGAGACGAGUUCUCCCUGCGGGACGACGAGCUGCUGUGUCGGGCGGACCACGGUCUGCUGGUGGAGCGGGCCUCCGCAGGGAGCCCGCUCAGCCCGGGCAACGUCCACACCAGACCGCUGCACAUCUCAGACCCGGUUUCGGCCCGGCACCCUCCUCACCACCGGAACCACGUCCACAAGCAGUCGGAGAAGACCACCCGCAUCCGCACGGUGCUGAACGAGAAGCAGCUCCACACCCUGCGGACCUGCUACAACGCCAACCCGCGGCCGGACGCUCUGAUGAAGGAGCAGCUGGUGGAGAUGACCGGCCUGAGCCCCCGGGUCAUCCGCGUGUGGUUCCAGAACAAGCGCUGCAAAGACAAGAAGAGGUCCAUCCUGAUGAAGCAGCUGCAGCAGCAGGCGCACAGCGACAAGACCAAUCUACAGGGCCUGACGGGCACACACCUGGUGGCGGGCAGUCCCAUCCGGCACGACAACGGCGUGCAGGGGAAUCCUGUGGAGGUGCAGACCUACCAGCCCCCGUGGAAGACCCUCAGCGACUUCGCCCUGCAGAGCGACCUGGACCAGCCCGCCUUCCAACAACUGGUGUCCUUCUCGGAGUCGGGCUCUCUGGGAAACUCGUCGGGCAGCGACGUGACCUCCCUGUCGUCGCAGUUACCGGACACACCGAACAGCAUGGUGCCGAGUCCCGUGGACACGUGAGGAGGGGGAGGCCUGGACCGGAGGUCAGCUGGGUCACGCCGAGAGCGCGCGGGAGGAGGCGCAGAGACCUCCGUGAUGUCCAAUCAAGAAAAAGAAGAAGAAGAAAAAAAAAGAACGAGGGACCAGGAUGGAUUAUGUUCGAGGAUACAGACAUGGAGGUCUGGCUGUUCCCUUUUACCCCCGCCUUGCUCAAGGACACUUCGGCAGGACUCGCGGCUGCUGAUGGGACGUUAUGUUGCUUCUUUUCGCGGGACACCUCGCCACCUUCUGACGCCAGUGGGACAGGACACGCCGUGGGGAACGUGUCGUGGGAUUCAAACGGCAUCGUCGGCCGGCACGCGACGUCUGAGCGUUACUGCUCAUCGGUGUGUGUCAUCAGGAAAACCCAAACUGUGUAGAUGUGCAUGAUUUGUAAGUUUCAAUCUCGACUCUUGUAAAUGAACUGAAACCGGAGAGUGAUGCGCACUGCUCGCGUUCUCUCCAGAAGAAUAACUUAUUAAAUAUUUAUUACGAGGACAGACAUAGCCGAACUUAUCAACAAUAAUAAUAGUAAUAAUAAAUAAAAAAAAACAUAGUUCUGAUUGUUGCAUGCAAAAACACAUUUGUUCCAUAAACUUUCAGAGGCAUUUUAACCUCGGGAAAAUAAAUCAGUGUUGAGGUAAAUGGAAA